AUGUCGCCCAUGAUAGACGAUGCUCGCCUGCACAACUCACAGCGACACGCUUCCGCCUACGUUAAUAGCCCUGCAGUCCGACUGGCCCCAGAAAUACUGACGUAUAUUUUCUUGUAUCUCAUCGACUGGCCGAUAUACUUGUCGGACGAUGAUGCGGCACAAGGUGAAAUGGGUAGUAAUCUUGUUGCUGCAUCACAGGUCUGUUACGCUUGGCGCGAAGUCUCCCUCACAAGUCCACUGCUGUGGGUAUUUAUUGGACCAAAUAUGGGCCUUAACCAGAUCCAGGAAUUUUUAUCUCGGUCGAAAUCGAUGCCGCUAGACGCUGUGCUCUUAAACCUAUUCGAUCGACCUAAGGCAGAAGCAGAAGCAGCACUCAGACGCGUCCUUCUCGAGACGUAUCGCUCCCGCGAACUGCAACUGGCCACGGUCCUUGAGCCAAUGAUGGAAACAAAAGAGAUAUAUGACAUCUUAUGCGACACACUCCCUGACGUGGCCGCUGAUUCCCUCCGCUCUUUUACUCUUUGCGUUUAUAAAGACUCAGAAACGCCAGAUGAAGUGAACUCGAAAUAUGCCCUGAGACUGCCAGACUACGUGUUCAGAGGUGACAGCCACAACCUAAAACACAUCUGCAUCGACUCUCCAUUUUAUAUUUCCCCAAUAUCCACACUGCUGUCGACUACCACAUCACUCGAAUUCACUGGCAUCCACGACACGCUACUCAUGGCCAUCCUUUUCAACACACCAAAUCUUGAGAAGGUAAAGGCAGAACUGAAUCACGAUUUCGAUGGAUUAUCACGAUUUUCGGAUUUCAUUCCACAUCAAACUGACUCCCUCACUUUCCUGCAAUCGAUCGACAUAACUGGGAGAGGCAUCUGCCCCUACCAACUCUUCUAUGUCCUCGGGCGGUCGCCACAGCUGCGCCAUCUGGGUGCAGUAUUCGAUUACACGUCCGGUAUUGAGUUUCCACCGGUUUCACUCUCUCUGCCGCAUCUCGAGACCGUGUGCCUCGACAACAUCACGGAGGAGGCGUUCCGUCUGAUGCUAGCUUUUCCCCCAUGGAAGACAGUGCAAACAACACCACAUAUUGAUCUGUGCAUGAAUCUAGACUGGGAUCUGGCUGAAGAAGACAAACACUUUCUCAGGUCGUUCUUCGACAUUAUCCCAGGCGAUGGCAUUUUCGAAGCGGUUCACCUCGGACUAAACCCUGCGGGGAUGAUUACUGUCAGUGUCGUCCCCGCUCUUGAGAUACACACUGAUAUAGCCCGGGAUCCGUUUGCGGCCGAGGACGCUCACCUUCGAAUGAAGGUGCAGAUCAAUUCUUCUGCAGAUGCUACACACGACGAACACUCAAUUUACGCACUUUUCGAUGAUAUGUUUUCUUCUCGCACACUGUUGACUCGUCACCUGUCGUUGUCGAAGGGCGGUCAGCGUUUUCCGGAGCUAGCGCGGUUCGCAUGUUACGAUUCGACCAUGGAGUGGCGGCGGCUUCUUCACAAGUUUCCUAACCUCGAAACGUUAAUACUCGACGUCGUCGACAGCUCGCCACUCCUCGAGGCGUUAUACCCCAGUCCCCGAGACGAUCGUUGUGAAAUCCUCCCGAAUCUUGAUAAAAUCGCCUUCAUCUCUAUGGAGAUGGAGUUUGCGGAGUACCCCUGGAUAGACCCAGAAGCAGGACGUCUCAGUCUUCUGGUCGAUAUCCUUCUUAAGAGGCGUGAAUCGGUCGAUGGCCACGCACUAUCGAGUUUCACAUUUUAUAAUUGUGACGAGGAUGAGCCGUUUACCGAGUCGGAGAUUAUGGCUGUGAAGGGUGAGGUGCCGCUGGUGUUGAGGCUUGAUUUCGAUAGCGAGCUCGGCGCCCCAAUUACCCACCUUUCCGAUGCCGUCCUCACCCGCAUCUUCGACCUCUCCACCUACACCCUCUACACUUCUGAUUCUCUCACUAUCACACCACCAGACCCCUUCGACACCCCAGGAGGCAAGAUACCCAGCGUUCGCCCGAAGUAUACAGACCUCAUCACCAACAUCGGCACCAAGCGUUCGAUAUCCCUGGUCUGUAAACGAUGGCACGCACUCAUAAUACCACUGCUCUACGAGGUGCUGUUCGUAGUAGAAGGGAGAAUGGACCUUUUGCGCUGGGCGUUGGUCGAAGCGACUGAUCAUCCCGUUGUUUCCCAAGGAACGACGGCCCCGGCGUCCAGUGCAGCGGCAGUCCCGACUCAGACGCCGAAAUUAAUAGGCUCCUAUACUCGCUGCCUCGUCAUAACUUCCUCUCAUCGUACUCCUUUCUCCAGUGUACCAUCUUCCCAUCCGCUGGCUUCAGACGAUUUCUGGUCUCCGUCCACACCCACACCCGCGAUCACGAUAUCGGAUAUUACUGCAGAACGCGAGCGCACCGACCACACCAUCGCCUGGAUCGAGAUCAUAUUCCACAUCGGCCCCUCUCUCCUCGUCCUCCAUUCAUUCUCCAACCAUCUCUCAGCUGGGGAUCUCGGAGAGAUCAUCAGAGGUAGUCCAAGCCUGAGGACAGUCAGUGUCGAGUAUGCCGAGGAACCGCGGUUUACGCGGGAGAGCUCCUCUGAUAUGAGGAUGUCGUACCCCCAUCCGAGCGUUUUGCUACGGCGGGGUCCAUCUCAACCUCAGAGCCUCAGUUUCUUGAAGAUGACGAUUACGACUCACGAGAGCGAUGCUCAUCUUCCUCUUGAACUCGAGCCUCAACCGAUCCCUUCACUUCAUACCCUCCACCUCGUGUGGCGCGAAACGGAUUACCCACGUUAUCCCUCAGAAACCAAUUUACAAAAGCAUUGCACCUUCCUCAUUCAUUUCCUAUCUAUCCAAGGUCCCUACCUUCGUAGAAUCUACCUCGAAGGCUUCGAUAAACAGUACACGACAGUCCUCCAACAGGUGCUCGCCGCCCUCGACUCUCAUUGUCCGAAUCUUCAUACAUUGGUGCUGCAGCUCGGUUCAUGGACGAGUGUACCGUACGACCUUGCUCUCCCCUCGAGUGUGGAGAGAUUAGGCCUGAGAUGUGAGAUGGCAACAAUUGGCAGUGUGUACAGAUUGAAAGGGGCGUUGAAAAACGCGGCAUCGACCAUGAGUUCCUCGAUCGGAGGCUUGGAGGUGGUGAGGUUCUUUAUGUUUAUGAGCCCGAGCCGGCCAAGGGGACAGUCCAUGGGACAGCAGCAUGAGAACGAGGCGAAGGAGAGAGUCAAGUGGGAAGGGAUGAAGAAGGAGAUCGAGGCGAUGUGUAAGUUGUUGUUCGGUGACGGUGAGAGAGGAUUUAGGGUGGAGUAUUCUGCUUAA